AUCUUUCUAGUUACUUAUAGUCUACGAUUAUAAAAGAUUACAUUACGAUAAUAAUAAAAUAACGAAUGCAACAUGUAACAUCGAAAGUUGUAUAAAUGAGUAAUAAUAACGUUAAUACAAUGAAGGAUUUUAUAUAUAUAUGAAUGUAUGAAUGUAUACAUAAAUAAAUAAGUAAAUGAAAUAAACAAUUUUCUCUCGAUCUGAAUAAAUAUUAAGAAGGCACACAUUCGAUUUAACUGCUUAAGAAAAAACAUCAUAGAACAGAUAUGGAGAAGAAACAUGGCUCUAAUAUAGUGGAAGAGGAAGAAUUAGAAGAAUCUGAAAAUAUAAUUAUAAAUGAAGUUGAUGGAUUACCAAAUUUACAUCCUAAUUAUCAACAAUUGGAGUUAGAAUUUGAUGUAGAAAAAAAUCGUUCUGAUACAAAUACAAGGACUAUUGAAGAUUUAGUACAUGAUGAAGAUUUACCAACAUCAGUUAUUGUAACUAAUGUAGAUCCCAGAGUUUUUAAAGAUGAUGAAUUAAAGCAAGAAAUACAGAAUCUCUUCAAACAGUUUGGGGAAGAUGCUACAUUUCAAUAUUUUAGAUCAUUUAGAAGAAUGAGAGUGAAUUAUAGUUCUCCAAGUGCAGCAGCAAAUGCCAGAAUACAAUUACACCAAGCUCAUUUUGGUGAGACAGAUAUCAACUGUUAUUUUGCACAACCUGUUACUCCAAUAGAUGUAGAAGAUCAACACCUUCACCCACCAGCAUUAACAAAACAGUUCCUAAUUUCACCACCUGCUUCACCACCUAUUGGAUGGCAGCCUAGAGAGGAAGGCGAACCUUUAGUUAAUCAUGACUUAUUGGCAGCUAUAGCAAAUUUAUCUGCAGGAGGCAGUCAUGAAUUACAUCCUGGUGGUUCAGGACAACCUGGCAUAGUUGUACAUGUUUGUGAAACAACAAAUCCUAUGAAAAAUGUUCCACGUAUUCAACAUACACGUUGUCCAGAACAUUCAUAAACAGCUCUAUUAGAAAUAUUGUCCACUCAUUUGACAAUGAAUUAUUUAUCCAUCCAAGAAGCAAUUAGUGGCAUUACAAACAAUGAUAUUCAACACUCAAAAAUUUAUAUUGCAAUAUUGCAAAAUUAAUACUUUAAUUUGAGAUCACAAAUUCACAAGAAAUAAUCUGUAAAUGUGUUUUGCUCAGAGUAAUAUAUAUAAAUAAUAUUUUAUGCUGACAUUACAAAUAAAUAAAAAUACGUGAUAUAAUGAAAUAAUUUAAAAAAGUCAUCGAAUAUUAAAUAACGUACAAAUAAACUAUUAGAAAAUCUAUAUAAUAUUUCGGAAUAACUUUACACCAAUUCUUAUCCUCUUUUAAUUUAAAAUCACAAUUUAAAAUAUUAGAUGCUUACUUACAAUUAUAAAAAUUAAUAUUAAAAUAUUAAGGGUAAACGAUAUUGAAAUUAGCGAUAUUAACGUUUCACUCGAAGUAUCGAUGUUACAAAUACUUUUAAAGGAAGUAUAUAAAAUUUAUGAUCUUAGAAAAGGCAAUUAGAAUUAAAUUCUUGAUCUGUUAAUUAUCUCAGAAUUUCAAGCAAGAUUUACUCAAGAAAUAUGAUUUGUUACAAAGUGGGUGUGUGUGUGAUAAGUUUGAGUAACAUUGAUAUUUAAUGUACAUAUAUGUGAUUAUAAGAAUGUACCAUGCAACAUAUGAAAAGUGGUAUCAAUGAUACUGUUUUCUGUCAUAUUUUAAUUAAUCAAUAUUAAAAUUUAGAAGUGUGUGAAUGAUUUUUUUUCAUUAAAAAAAAAUAAAUCUUUAGGAAGAAUGUAUAUUUUAUUAAUUAAAUUUGUAGGAUAUAUAUACUUAAUAAAAUUAUAAGUAGUGUUAUCAUUUCAGGAAUUCUUUGCAAUAACAAAUUAAUAUGUUAUUCAAAAUGUAUUAGUGCUACAUGUUUUUUUUUUGUAACAAUAAUAUUUAUGCAUCUGUAUAUGUAAAUGUAUAUAGUGUUCCCACUUGCAUAAAAUAUAUUUCAUAUUGAUGUAAGAUUUAAAGUAAUAUAGAAUUGUUGAAAAUUUAUAAAUAUGUUAUAGCAAAUUACUUUUGUGUGAAUAAAUAUGUUACUCAAAA